UCUAACAAGAAGGUAACGAACGUAUACUUUAAAUGACUUACUUUAUUUAUUCUAAUUUUUUAAAAAUUUAAUUCCUAUUAUGUAUUUCUUAAGGUUUUUAUAAAAUUUGAAUACCUCCUAUACAUGAACAUAUCUGUUAAUAAUUUUUUUAUGUAUAUUUUUAUAUACCUUUAUAUCCACGUGUUUUUAUACAUCUCAUAACCUCAAUUAUACUGAUGUGAAUUUAAUUUAUAUAAAAAAGAAAAAAAAAACAAAAUGGUAUUCAAUUGUGAUUUAAUAAAAACUAUAGAAGAUGACGAAGAAGUGCCAGAUUUUUCAGAGAAAUCAGACGAAGAAGAUGAUUUUCAGCCUCGUAAACAAAAAAAGCAAGAGAAAAAAGACUUUGCUAUGGAUUUUGAAUUUGUAAAUAAUACUUCUGAAUACAAUCAAGAUACCUGGAAUGAUUUAAAUAAAUAUAUUAAAAGAAAAGCUAAAAGUAAAUUAGAUGAUAAGAUAAACAGUAUUAGGAAACAAAAGGAAACAGAGAAUGGAAGUAUCAAUGAUAAUGACAACAAAAAUAAAACAGAAAUUUAUGAAGAAGAUAAUGAGUUUUCGUUGUCUGAGGAUGAACUCAAAAAAGAUGCAUUUAAAACCAAACAGAGGAAAGUUAAAAGGAAAGAUACUAUUAAAGAACAGAAUGAAGAAACAAUUAAUUUUGAAGAAUUUACAAAUGUCGAUUCUUAUGUGUCUUUUCAACAAAUGAAUUUAUCUAGACCCUUAUUAAAGGCAAUAACGACAAUGAAUUUUGUCCAUCCAACACCUAUUCAAGCAGCUACAAUACCAUUUGCUUUAAUGGGACGUGAUAUAUGUGGUUGUGCAGCAACAGGUACUGGGAAAACUGCAGCUUAUAUGCUACCAACUUUAGAAAGAUUAUUGUACAGACCUUUGAAUGGUCCUGCUAUUUCACGAGUUUUAGUACUUGUACCAACAAGAGAACUUGGAGUUCAAGUAUAUCAAGUUACAAAACAAUUAUCACAAUUUACGACAAUCGAAAUAGGAUUAUCUGUUGGUGGAUUAGAUGUAAAAAUUCAAGAAACUGUAUUGCGAAAAAAUCCAGAUAUUGUAAUUGCAACUCCUGGAAGAUUGAUUGAUCAUUUAACAAAUACACCAACUUUUUCUUUGGAUAGCAUAGAAGUGCUUAUUUUAGAUGAAGCAGACAGAAUGUUGGAUGAAUAUUUUGCUGAACAAAUGAAGCAUAUUAUAAAGCAAUGUUCAAGAAACAGACAAACUAUUUUAUUCUCAGCCACUAUGACAGAGGAAGUUAAAGAUCUGGCUACUAUGUCAUUAGACAAACCUGUGAAAGUAUUUGUGGAUAGUAAUCAAGAAGUUGCAUUUAAUUUACGACAAGAAUUUAUUAGAAUACGCAAAGAAAGAGAAGGUGAUCGUGAAGCAAUAUUAGCAGCUUUAAUUUGUAGGACAUUUCAUGAUCACACUAUGGUUUUUGUACAAACUAAAAAACAAGCUCAUCGAUUGCAUAUUUUAUUAGGAUUAUUAGGCAUAAAAGUUGGAGAACUUCAUGGCAAUCUUACACAACCUCAAAGAUUAGAAAAUUUAAGAAAAUUCAAAGAGGAAGAAAUAGAUAUUCUGUUAGCAACCGAUGUUGCAGCUAGAGGAUUAGAUAUUAGCGGUGUGAAAACAGUAAUUAAUUUUGUAAUGCCUGUUACCAUAAAACAUUACAUCCAUAGAGUCGGAAGGACAGCCAGAGCAGGUCGUGGAGGAGUAUCAGUAUCAUUAGCUGGUGAACAAGAACGUGGUUUAGUGAAAGAAAUUAUCAAACAAGCGAAGAAUCCUGUAAAAAAUAGGAUAAUACCUCCGGAUAUAAUAGACAAAUAUAAUAAAAAAUUACAAUCUUUAGAACCUGAUAUGGAAAGAAUAUUACAAGAAGAGAAGAAUGAAAGGGAACUUGCCAAAAUAGAAAAUCAAGCAAAUCGCGCUGAAAAUUUACUUAAAGGUUCAGACGACAAGAAUCAUAGAAGUUGGUUUCAAAGUGCUAAGGAAAGGAAACGUGAGAAAGAAAAAUUGUCUUUAACGACGAAACAACCACGUAAGAAAAAAGAUAAGGAGGAAAAAGAAUUUUCCAACGUAGUAGAAGAAAAGAAAAAAAAUGCGAAAAAAGAACAACAUAAAGAAACAGCCGAAGAUAGAGCGAACAAAGAGUUAGAGAAGAUAGCAGCGUAUCAAGCAAGAAUAGCUAAACAAAAAUCUAAAGCAAAGAAAAUUAGAACUGUUGUAGAUAAAGGUGGAUAUAAUGUGAAUAAUAAAGGAUCCAAAAAACGAUCACGAUCUUCAUUUGCUGAUGAUUUGACAGAUACUAGCAGUAAAAAUGUAAAAAGAAUGCGUUAUGAAGCAAAUAAGAAACAGAAAUCUAAUCCAUUGGCAAGAAAAUCAAAUAUUCUUGGAGGAAAAAAUCAAAAGAAAAAAUUAAGGACACGUUAAAUUGUAAAUAUAUUUGUAAUGAUAAUAUUGUAUUAAUAAAAUUAAAAAACACA